ACUAGUUUUGUCCAGAGCCCUGGGACCUGGUCAAGAGUAGUGCACUAUAUAGGGAAUAGGGUGUCAUUUGGGACUCAGUGAUGUGUUUCCUGGUUAAGGGAGGACAAGGGAGCGGCUGAAUUACAAGGAUCACUGGGCUCAGAGCUGAGGAGACAGUGACAGUUUUGUGGUUGAAAUGAAAAAUGUUAUGUGGGAUGAGGUUAGGACUCUUUCACAUUGUCAAACCACAAUAUGUUUCUUAUUUAUUUAUUUGAUAUAUAAUUUGAACUGCAUUCAGUUUUUAUAAUGAGAACAAAGAACAAACAUCGUUUCACUAGUGUCUAUAAGUGUUAACAGUAUUAACAGCUGAAACAUAUUCUCUACCUCUCUCCAUGUAAGGAGCUUUAUUAUUUCUGCCUGAAAUGAAACAUUUCCUGUAUCAUUCGGAAUGUAUUAAGCCUGUAUGUCUGUGUCCUGUCCAGAGCACAGUAGUAGUGGAGAAGUCCAUCCAGGACCUGAUGACUCUGAUGCAGGACCUGAGUGCCUACUCCAACCACUUCCUGGAGAUGGUCUGUGACAAGCUGAAGGAGUACAAGGAGGUCUGCAACACCUCAUACAGGGGUAUAGUCCAGUGUGAGGAGAAGCUGACCAUCAGUGCGUCGUGGUCUAAGGACGAGGACAUCAGCCGACUGCUCCAGUCUCUGCCCAACUGGGCUAACAUGGCCCAGCCCAGACAGCUCCGACAGAAGAGAGAGGACGAGGAGGACUUCACCAGGGCGGCAUUUGCCAAGGAGUCAGAGGUGCUGACGGGUAACCUGGGUGACAAGCUGAUCCCGCAGAACGAGAUCCUGCGUGACGUGAGCGACCUGAAGGCCCUGGCCAACCUGCAGGAGAGCAUGGAGUGGCUGGCCUCCAGACUCAAAGGCUUCUUCAUCAACCUGCCCCACGCUGCCAGUGGGUCUCCAGGCUCGGACCCCCAGGUGACCAAUGAGAGCGUCCGCAGCAGGGACCAGAUCCUCCAGACUCUGACUGACCUGUCCAGGGCCUUCCAGGACAUCGCUGACCGCUGUCUGCUGGUCCUCCACCUGGAGGUCAGAGUGCAUUGUUUCCACUACCUGAUCCCCCUGGCCAAGCAGGGGAACUAUGCCAUCGUGGCCAACGUGGAGAGCAUGGACUACGACCCCUUGGUGGUCAAACUCAACAAGGACAUCAGUGCCAUUGAGGAGGUGAUGGGUGCUGCGCUGCAGCAGCACAAGUUCCAGUACAUCUUUGAAGGUCUUGGCCACCUGAUCUCCUGUAUUCUGAUCAAUGGAGCCCAGUACUUUAAGAGGAUCAGUGAGUCUGGCAUCAAGAAGAUGUGUAGGAACAUCUUUGUCCUGCAGCAGAACCUCACCAACAUCACCAUGUCUAGAGAGGCCGACCUGGACUUCGCUAGGUGAGACAUACACACAGGAAGGGGACAAAGAAAGACAGGGUAAGAGAUGGAUGAACAUGACGGAAGGAUAGAGAGGGAAAGGAAUA